CCCAGAAGGAAAACUAGUUAUAAUUACGGGUGCAUCAAGUGGAAUUGGUGAAUCUUUAGCUUACCAGUUCGCUCGUCAUAGUUGUAUAUUAGUUCUUUGUGCUCGAAGAGAAGCUUUACUUGCAGAGGUUAGCAAAAAAUGUAAACUCUAUGGUGCUAAAGAUGUCAUUGCUGUUACAGCUGAUGUUACCAAAGAAUCAGAUAUCACGACUUUAAUACAAAAGAUUGAAAAAGAAUUUAAUCGGAUAGAUUGUUUAAUCCUCAACGCUGGAAUUUCUAUGGGUGAAAGAUUAGACGAAGUUAGCGACUAUAAUCUAAUCAGAAAAAUUAUGGAAGUUAAUUAUUUUGGGUCCACAAACUUUGUAUAUCAAGCAUUGCCUUUAUUGAAGCGUUCUCCAAAAUCAAGGAUCGUUGUCGUUUCUUCGGCUGCUGGGCUUGCGGGUGCGCCAUUCAGAACUGGUUAUUCUGGUUCUAAAUUCGCUGUUAGAGGGUUUUUCACUGCCUUGGCCGCUGAAAUUGCCGAAAAUGAUAUUUAUGUUACUGUAGCCUACCCAGGUCCCGUUAGAACCCAAAUAAACAAUACACGUCUUGGAAAAACGCCUCGUGAACUAGAUGUUUCCAACGCAAUCACUCCUGAAAAAUGUGCACAAAUUAUAUAUGAAGCAACAUUAAAUGGAGACAAGGAAGUAACGUUUGAAAAUAUCGGUAGAAUCGCUAAAAUAAUGGAAGGCCCAUUUCCUUAUCUUAUUUCUUGGUUUGCCAGUAGAGUACAAAAUAAUCUUAAUAAGAGAAAAUAA